AUGAGCUCAGCACAAGACAUUGCUGGCGCAUUUUCCCAGGGAAGACAGCUCGAAGUCUCCGCCAGCCUGGGACUUUCAACUUCGCCAACCGCCACUUUCAAUUCUCCCCCCUCAAGUUUUGCUGGAACCGGUGCUGCUCUGGCCCGGAGGCCGGCUCCCAAGCUCCUAAAGCCCUUCAACACCCAGGACAUCAAGAUUUUGCUCCUCGAGAAUGUCAACCAGACGGGCAAGGAUAUCUUGACCGAGCAAGGUUACCAGGUUGAGGCACUCAAGACCUCUCUUCCUGAAGAUCAGCUCAUCGAGAAGAUUCGGGACGUGCAUGUCAUUGGCAUUCGCUCCAAGACCAAGUUGACCGAGAAGGUCCUGCGUGAGGCCAAGAACCUGCUCGUCAUUGGCUGUUUCUGCAUCGGCACCAAUCAGGUCAACCUCGAAUAUGCCGCCGCUCACGGUAUUGCUGUCUUCAACUCCCCCUUUGCCAACUCGCGCAGUGUUGCAGAGCUUGUCAUUGCCGAGAUCAUUACUCUGGCCCGUCAGCUGGGUGACCGCUCUAGCGAGAUGCAUCGCGGCACCUGGAACAAAGUUAGUUCCAAGUGCUGGGAAAUCCGUGGCAAGACUCUUGGCAUCGUGGGCUAUGGUCACAUCGGCUCGCAACUUUCCGUCCUGGCCGAGGCUAUGGGUAUGAAUGUUGUCUAUUACGAUGUCGUGAACCUGAUGGCCUUGGGAACCUCUGCCCAAGUGCCCACCUUGGAAGCCUUGCUAGAGGAGGCCGACUUCGUCACCCUGCACGUGCCUGAGCUGCCAGAGACCAAGAACCUUAUCUCCACUGCUCAGCUCGAGAAGAUGAAGACCGGCGCUUAUUUGAUCAACGCCAGCCGUGGUAGUGUCGUCGACAUCCAAGCUCUGAUUAACGCCAUGCGCUCUGGCAAGAUCGCCGGUGCCGCUCUUGACGUCUACCCAAACGAGCCGGCGGCCAACGGCGACUACUUUAAUAGCUCGCUCAACACAUGGGGCGAGGACCUGCGCAGCCUCAAUAACAUCAUUUUGACGCCACACAUCGGUGGCAGCACUGAGGAAGCCCAACGUGCUAUUGGUGUCGAAGGCAAGGAACAGACCUUCGCCGAGGCACUUGUUCGCUAUAUCAAUCAGGGCAUCACCCUCAACAGUGUUAACCUGCCCGAGGUUAACCUAAGAUCAUUGACUCUGGACGAGCCUGACCACGCUCGUGUCAUCUAUAUCCACCGCAACGUUCCUGGUGUAUUACGCAGAGUCAACGAGAUUCUUGGCAACCACAAUGUUGACAAGCAGAUCUCCGACAGCAAAGGCGAUAUUGCGUACCUCAUGGCCGAUGUGAGCAGCGUCAAGGCCGAAGACAUCAAGGAGAUCAACGACGGUCUGGAUUCCCUGAGCUCGCGCAUCAUGACCCGCGUCUUGUACUAG